CCUGCGCCGCGCGGGGCCGGGCCCGGGGGCUCUGUCCUGCCCCCUGGGCCGGGGCCACCGAGUUAGGUCUGAGGAUGUGUCGGUGCCAGGCGAGCGGUAGGAGCGGCUUGCGCCCAUUUGCCUCUGGUCAGAGCUACAUUGGGCAUUUCCCAGGCGUCUGUCACAGUCGUAGCCUUGCCAGCUGGCGGCUCCGGUUCCACUGGAGAUUAUCUCUGUUACUAGAUCUUCAGUUUGCUCAACAAAUCACAAUGUCUCGUUCACGACAACCCCCCCUUGUGACAGGCAUCUCUCCAAAUGAAGGAAUACCAUGGACCAAGGUCACAAUUAGAGGAGAAAACCUGGGAACUGGCCCAACCGACCUCAUAGGUUUGGCAAUUUGUGGACAUAAUUGCCUCCUGACAGCAGAAUGGAUGUCUGCAAGUAAAAUAGUAUGUCGAGUUGGACAAGCCAAAAAUGACAAAGGAGACAUAAUUGUCACAACCAAGUCAGGUGGCAAAGGAACCUCAACUGUCUCUUUCAAGCUACUCAAGCCUGAAAAAAUAGGUAUUUUGGACCAGUCUGCUGUGUGGGUUGAUGAAAUGAAUUACUAUGAUAUGCGUACUGACAGGAAUAAAGGAAUUCCUCCCUUGUCCCUACGUCCUGCUAAUCCACUUGGCAUUGAGAUUGAAAAAAGUAAAUUUCCCCAGAAGGAAUUGGAAAUGCUGUUUCCUGGAAUGAGUGCUGAUUUUACAAGUGAGAAUUUUUCAGCUGCCUGGUAUCUGAUAGAGAACCACUCAACCACCAGUUUUGAGCAGCUCAAAAUGGCAGUCACCAACCUGAAGAGACAGGCUAACAAGAAGAGUGAGGGCAGCCUGGCUUGUGUGAAAGGGGGUCUUAGUACUUUCUUUGAAGCCCAAGAUGCUCUUGCAGCCAUCCAUCAAAAACUAGAAGCGGAUGGAACGGAAAAAGUAGAAGGAUCCAUGACGCAAAAACUGGAGAAUGUUCUAAACAGAGCAAGUAAUACUGCAGAUACAUUAUUUCAAGAAGUAUUAGGUCGAAAGGACAAGGCAGAUUCCACUAGAAAUGCACUCAAUGUCCUCCAGCGAUUUAAAUUUCUUUUCAACCUUCCUCUAAAUAUUGAAAGGAAUAUUCAAAAGGGUGAUUAUGAUGUGGUUAUUAAUGACUAUGAAAAGGCCAAGUCACUCUUUGGAAAAACAGAGGUGCAAGUUUUCAAGAAAUAUUAUGCUGAAGUAGAAACGCGGAUUGAAGCUUUAAGAGAAUUACUUCUGGACAAAUUGCUUGAGACACCAUCGACCUUACAUGACCAGAAACGUUAUAUAAGGUACCUGUCUGACCUUCAUGCACCGGGUGACCCUGCUUGGCAGUGUAUCGGAGCUCAGCACAGAUGGAUCCUUCAGCUCAUGCACAGCUGCAAAGAGGGCUACAUACAAGACCUGAAAGGUACCGCAGGCCUGCACAGUCCCAUGGUGGAUCUGGAUAGUGAUGUUCGCCCCUCAGUGUUGGCCCAUCUUAGUCAGACAGCAUCACUAAAGCGGGGCAGCAGCUUUCAGUCUGGUCGAGAUGACACAUGGAGAUAUAAAUCUCCCCACCGGGUAGCAUUUGUUGAAAAAUUGACCAAGCUUGUUUUAAGUCAGCUGCCUAAUUUCUGGAAACUCUGGAUUUCAUAUGUUAAUGGAAGCCUUUUCAGUGAGACUGCUGAGAAGUCAGGCCAGAUUGAAAGAUCAAAGAAUGUCAGGCAAAGACAAAAUGAUUUUAAGAAAAUGAUUCAGGAAGUAAUGCAGAGUCUUGUGAAGCUGAUCCGUGGAGCACUACUCCCACUUAGCAUCCCAGAGGGUGGAGUAAGGCAGUAUGGAGGCUGGGAGGUGAAGUCUGAGCUCUCUGGACAGUGGCUCGCUCAUGUCAUACAGACCAUAAGGCUUACUUAUGAAUCACUGACUGCCCUUGAAAUUCCUAAUGACAUGUUACAGACUAUCCAGGAUCUCAUUUUGGAUCUCCGAGUACGUUGUGUAAUGGUCACAUUGCAACACACAGCAGAAGAAAUAAAGAAAUUAGCUGAAAAGGAAGACUGGAUUGUCGAUAAUGAAGGGUUGACCUCUCUACCAUAUCAGUUUGAACAGUGCAUUGUGCAUUCUCUGCAAUCACUUAAAGGAGUUCUAGACUGCAAGCCUGGAGAAACCAGUGUCUUUCAACAACCUAAAACACAGGAAGAGGUUUGCCAACUAAGCAUCAAUAUCAUGCAGACUUUUAUAUAUUGUCUGGAACAAUUGAGCACCAAGCCUGAUGCAGAUGUAGAUACUGCACAUCUUUCCAUUGAUGUUUCUUCUCCUGAUUUGUUUGGAAGUAUUCAUGAAGACUUCAGUUUAACUUCUGAACAACAACUUUUGAUAGUCCUAAGUAAUUGCUGCUACCUACAAUGUCACACCUUCCUAAAUAUAGCAGAACAUUUUGAAAAGCACAACUUUCAAGGAAUAGAAAAAAUAACACAGGUUAGCAUGGCCUCAUUGAAAGAAUUAGACCAAAGACUGUUUGAAAAUUACAUUGAGUUGAAAGCAGAUCCCAUUGUUGGCUCCUUAGAACCUGGAAUUUAUGCAGGCUAUUUUGAUUGGAAAGACUGCCUGCCUCCAACAGGUGUCAGAAACUAUUUAAAAGAAGCAUUGGUGAAUAUAAUUGCAGUGCAUGCAGAGGUGUUCACUAUUUCCAAAGAAUUGGUGCCUCGGGUCCUGUCCAGGGUGGUGGAAGCAGUGUCUGAAGAGCUCAGUAGACUAAUGCAGUGUGUGUCAUCCUUCAGCAAAAAUGGAGCAUUACAGGCGAGGCUUGAAAUCUGUGCGCUGAGGGACACUGUGGCUGUCCACCUGACGCCUGAAAGCAGGUCCAGUUUUAAGCAGGCUCUGGAAGCGCUGCCCCAGCUUUCCAGCGGAGCAGACAAAAAGUUACUGGAAGAGCUGCUGAACAAGUUCAAGAGCAGUAUGCACCUGCAACUCACCUGUUUCCAAGCUGCUUCUUCAGCCUUGAUGAAAACAUAAAUGCCCUUUGGCUAAGCACUGAUCCCCAAGAGCCAGGACCACUAUCUGAACUUAAUUGCCAAAGAAGGCUAACAGAGGACUCAUCACAGAGGAAGAAGGAGAACCAAGGAAGAAUGGGAUCAUAGGGUCACAAAAAUCAAGGGAAGAACAAGAAUCACAGUCAGAAGAAAGAAUCAGAUGUUGUCAGAGUUAAAUAUUACAGAUGUGUCCAAAGAAUGAGUCCUGAGAAGUGUUUACUAGACUUGGCAUUUAGAAAGUCAUAAAUGACUGGAGAGUGGUAAGGAAGAAACCAGAGAAACUUCACACUUUGGACUGGUUCUCUUGACUCACUGCAGGGGCUGCCGAGAGAGCUGCCUUUUCCUUGAAGAACGUAUUUUGGCCUCAGCACAUCUCCUGAUGGUCAGACUUUAAGGCUCUUCCUCAGCUUCCUGCUAUUUUUAAAUUAUCUUCCUAGGUAUCUGGUCAAUUCCUGUUGCCCCUGCCUCUUUGUCUGUUGGAAUGACUUAUAAAUAUUUAUAUCCAUCCCUUUCUUUUUUCUAAAGUCUUCCCUUUCAAAAUGCUUCUUAAAUGUAUCUAGUUAAAUGACGGGCUGCUGGAAUCAGGCCUCACCUGGAUGUGUAUCCAAUGUCAGAUGACCAUGGAGUUGUUUUCUGUUCCAUGUUCCUAGUGCCCUGCUCUCAGCUGAUCCCAGAAGCCCUUCCAUGAAGUACCAUGUGCGGCAGCCAGUAGCCAUUGGCCUGCCUCAUUGUGGCUACUGCAGGUUCUAGCCAAGCAGCUGUCACCAAGUAAACCCUCAGGGAAUAUUUGUUGAUUGUUACAUAGUAGCAAAUGUGUCACAUUACCUUUUAUAUUUUUUAAUUAAAUAUACACUGAGUGGCCUGAUUAUUAUGACAACCUGACGUUUGUAGGCAAAUUAGCUAUAAUUUCCCGCUGAAGUUGCUAGAGGGCCAGACCAUUAUAAAUGUCUGAAUAGCACAACAUACCUAAGUAGCCUUGCUGAUCAAGUUCAUCCUAUCAUGUUGAUGGCGUAUCCCAAUGGAGAUGGCUUUUUCCAACAAGACAAUGCACGAUGCCAUGGUGCUCGUAUUGUGCAGGAGUGCUUUCAAGAACAUGAGGGAGACUUUACCUUGCUUAGGUGGCCUCCACAAUCACCAGAUCUCAAUCCAAUUGAGCAUUUGUGGGACGAAGUUAAAAGAGCCAUCAGGCAGCUGGUUCCACAACCAUCAAAUCGCACAGAACUGGACAGUGCUAUUCAUCAGGCAUGUUGUCAGAUUCCUCGCAUCACCUUUCAACAUCUCGUGGAGUCAAUGCUAAGAAGAAUCGCUGCAGUAUUGAAGGCAAAAGGUGGCCCAACGAAGUACUGAUGGGGUGGUCAUAAUAAUCUGGCCACUCCGUGUAUACUUUACAGAGCUUCCACAGAGCUGGCUGUUCAGUAGCAGUCUCUAUAGCUCCCUCCCCCUUUGCCUGUUCCCUAAAGCCCUCUACUCUCAAUUCUUUUAGCCAUUCUGAUUCUUUUGACACUGACAUCAAUGUUUCUAUCUUAACAGGUUCAUAUGGCUCCUUUUUAGUUCUUCAGCUUUAGUCACAGAUGAGAACUCAGCUUUGUCAUUGCCUCUAUCACACACCCACAUUUCUCUUAAUCUUUUAUUUUGGUUUGAUCACAAUUCAGUGUUCAAGUUAUGCCUGUAUAAAUGCCAUUCAGUGCUAAAGCAAGUAUAUACUAAGAUCCUUUUGCUAUUGUACUGUUUGUAUUUUCUAUGCAUUCUAUGUACUUUUCACUCAUCCCAGACCUUCCUCCAACCAGGUUAUGUAAAUGUCCUUGUACUAUGUUCAAAUACUAUGUUCAUCAAGUUUAUUUUGAACAGCCUUACCCACAGCCUCCUCUAGUUUGGACUGGGUAUUCUGUAGGUCAGCCUCACACUUGUCAUCUUGGGAUCUCCCAUCAAUAUUAUCAUCCUGGAAAUUUUCUUCUGCCUGCUUCUCUUCUGUGUUGGACCAUCCAUCUGCUUUUGUGUCUCAGGCUGUCCUCGUUCUUGGUUUGCUCCCUCAUUGAUAAAACUCAAUCUCUGGUAACUUUCUGAGAAAAAAAGUAUAUGGGAGGUAAAAUUUUUGAGACCUUGAAUAUAUGAUGAAAAUAUUUAUGAUUGUUGGGCUGGAUAUAGAAUUCUAGAUUGGAAAUCAUUUUUCCUCAGAAUUUGCACUGUUUCUCAAGCCUUUGCACUGUUCUCCAGUGUCUGUCUGUCUCUGCUUAUACAACCUUCUCUUUUUCCUAGUUUUCUGAAAGUUCAUAAUGUUCUAAGUGUGAUGCCCUUAUACUCCUAAUGGUGAGUCUAAUGUUUUUAGAUUCUGGGAGUUCUUUUUUGUAUUAUUUCUUUUACUCCCUCUCCCUCCUAUCCUGGUCCUUUAUAAAAAUUUUAAAAUAUUUUUCCUCAUGUUUUAUCUCUUUUAUUUUUAUUAUACUUUCUGAGAAAUUUCUCAUAUUUAUCAUACAACCUUUCUAUUGAGUUUUCAUUUCUGCUAUGUUAUAUGUUUUUUUUAAUUUAUAGGAAGAUUUUUCUCUGACUGUAUUAUUUUUUAAUAUGUUUUUAUUGAUUUUAGAGAGGAAGGAAGAGGGAAAGAUAGAAAAACCUAAGUGAUGAAAGAGAAUCAUUGACCUGCUGCCUCCUGCAUGCCGCACACUGGGGAUUGAGCCUGCAACCCAGGCAUGUCCACUGACCGGGAAUCGAACCAUGGUUCAUAGGUCAACACUUAACCACUGAGCCAUGCUGGCCAGGCUGAAUAUUCUUUUUUAUAGAGUUUUGUUUAUUUCUUAUUUCUCUAAGAAUAAGAAUACUCUUUUAGAAGUUUUCUUCUUUCUGUAUAGUCUCCAAUUUAUUUUAUUCUUUUGUCUUAGAUAUUAGAACAAAUGUCAUAAGCUUUCUUCAAAUUUCUAUCAAGUUUUGGAUACCUAAUCAUAUUUAGCAGCGGUAGAGCACUGAAAAGCUGAAUAGGAUUGUAUGCUCCAUGCAGUAGAUGGGUCUUACCAAUUGAGCGUCAAUCAGAGUGGUAUGUAUGGGCCUUUUCAUUGGGGAAUCCCUAACAUUAUAAUUAGGUCAUUUGGGGGGCCUGGUAAGAUUUCCCAGAGAGGGUUCUUUCGAUCUUAUGCCUUCUGGAAGGAAGAAGAGGCAGAAGGCUUGGACGAUCAUUUUUGUCAGGGCUCACAGCUGGAUCUGAUAUCCCAUGAUCUGCAUUUACCUUCUUUGGAGAAUAAAGCUCUAGUCUUCUGCUGGAGUGGGAAGAUGGAAGGCAUUGCCCAGCCCUGUGGAAGGAAGAAACCUGGGGACAUCUGGCUAUUUCUUAAACAGCCUUUAAACUUAUCAUUUGGUUUUAACUUUAUCCCCACUUUCAGAAGUUUCCUUACCACUCAUUCUUGAGCGUUUUAGGAUUUUACAGUACAAAGUAGAUUGCAGCUUUCUUUUACAUACAGUACUGCCAAUUUAGGUUCUGAUGUUUUUAGAUCUGCUAAUUAAAUUAGUUUCCACUUACUCAUACACUUGGUUUCUAGCUAUGAUUUACUCUCCUAUUCCUUUUUCUUUGUGAAGUUAUGCUUUUUAUAUAUAUUUAACCAUAUAUAUAACUACAUGUAGUUAUAUAUACUACUCUAUGCAGUGUAUUUGCUGCACAUAUAUAGAUAUAUACAGUAUAUAUACUGUAUCUAUGUUGUGUGUAUGUGCAUGCAUACACACACACACACACACACACACACACAAACUGCACUGUCAUUUUUAUAGUUUUGGAUAGACCUAAGCUUAAUGUGUGGUUUCAGUCUGCCCUCUAUAACAGAAAGUUCAGAGUAACUUUUGUUUGUUUUAUCAUAAUAAACCAAACUGUUUACAUGUG